AUGGCGGCCGACGGCGACAUGGCGAGUCGCUAUCAGGUGAUGGAGGAGUUGGGCUGUGGGAGCUUUGGCACUGUCUACAAGGGCAUCGAGAAGGCGACUGGGGAGAUAGUCGCCAUCAAACAUAUCGAUCUCGAGUCGAGCGAGGACGACAUCGCCGAGAUCCAGCAAGAAAUAUCCGUGCUGGCAGCGUGUGCGAGCCCCUACGUCACCCAGUACAAGGCGAGCUUUCUGCGUGGUCACAAACUAUGGAUUGUCAUGGAAUUCCUGGGUGGUGGUUCUUGUUUGGAUCUCAUGAAACCAGGAGUCUUCACCGAGGCACACAUUGCCAUCGUUUGUCGCGAGCUAUUACUGGGACUGGAUUAUCUCCAUCGGGAGGGCAAGAUCCACCGGGAUAUCAAAGCAGCAAACGUUCUUCUGUCCCAAUCCGGAAAGGUCAAGCUGGCGGAUUUCGGUGUGGCUGCUCAACUGUCGAAUAUCAAAUCGCAGAGGAACACGUUCGUUGGCACUCCUUUUUGGAUGGCGCCUGAAGUGAUCCAGCAGGCUGGAUACGACUUCAAGGCCGACAUUUGGUCAUUGGGCAUAACGGCAAUGGAACUUGCAAACGGAGAGCCGCCACAUGCCAGCACUCAUCCAAUGAAGGUACUGUUUCAUAUUCCAAAGGCCCCGGCACCACGCCUCGAAGGCAACGAAUUCAGUCAAACAUUCAAGGAUUUUGUUGCCCAGUGUCUGGUGAAAGAUCCCGAUAGGCGAUACACAGCGAAAGAGCUGUUAAAGCACAAGUUUGUGCGCAAUGCAGGGAAGACCGAAACUCUACAGGAGCUGAUCCAACGGAAAGAGGACUGGGAUAACGGCAAGGAACAUGGAGGCGAUGCAAAAUACUAUGCAGAAACUCUGACUACAUUUACUCCGAAGGACGAAGACGACGACGGAUGGGUGUUUGACACGGUCAAAGCACCUACAAUCAAGAAACCAAUAAUUGCAGAGGAUUUCUGUGAGGACCCAUUUGUCAAAUCCGAAGAGCUUCAGUCAAUGACUCCGCACGGUGUGCUGAAGCCUGUUGCCAACUCUACUGUCCGGCGGACGCCUGCGGCGGAGCGAUCGCCUUCUAUCAAACGGAGCAACACGAAGCGACGAUCCAGCGGCGUGAAACAGCCGCUCGGCCUGAAUCUGAGCUACGGAAACAGUCCAUCUACGGUACGCCAAUUUCGCCGAGUUUCUGACAAGGCGACUAGCGAUCAGGCCCAGUAUUAUAACUACCCACCUGGGUUGGAUGAAAAUGUGGUGGCCAAGACUCUGUUUACCGACCCGGUUCCUAACAGCAAGGAAGCUCAACUAGGACGGAGGGCAUAUAGCAGAGGUAUUGGGCUCGCUUGCCAGGAGAUCCUGGCAAAUACAGGAGACCAAGAGAAAAGAGAGGCGAUUUCUCGACUGGCUGAGGCAUUCAGUGAUCUUGAAAUGAUUGAUCCGGAAGGGCUUUAUCAUAUCUUGAAGCUAUCCAACGAGAAAAUGAGGGCUGAUUCCAAACUCGCCGCUAUGCUUCCUGAACCAGCGCAGACUACACCUCAGAAACCCAAACUUGUCCUAGCCCAGAACAACCCACACCUCAAAAGCCACCGUCGUCGACAAUCAGAACAGCUCCAAAUGGAGCAGAAGAGCAGCCCGCAAUUGGCUAACAUGCCAGGACAGCAUGUCCCGGGGAUGGAGCACACCAAGCAGCUUGCCGAUGUUCUCUAUCAACGAUGGAGCGAAGGUCUCCGUAAUCGAUGGCCGGCCAUCUAG